AUGAAAAAGAGCUUGGCCAAAAACAUAGCGAAUCUCGCUCCACCUGGGCAUUCCGUCUUUAUUGUCGACGAAAAGGACCGGGAUUCCCUCGAGUCGGAGAGUAUGUAAGUUGUUUUUAUCUUUUUUAUACUCCUUGUUUACAUUCCUACACCUUUGUUUAGUAUUAUAGAAGUGUAAUAACAUAAUAUAUGGGGCAAGGUAAUGCAUAUUAAAGGGUAAGGUUUUGGACCAAAUUUGGGAUAAAAACAAAACAUAAAAAGCUUGGGCAGGGUGGGUAGGGGGGGGCGGGUAGGGUAGGGUAGGGUAGAUAGGGUCGAGAAACGGACUGGGUUAGGCCCACAUUUGAGACCCGGCCCGGGGCCCAACUUUAAGCCUGCCCGCUUAUACUUUCUUUUCAUGCUGGCCCGGUCCCUUCAAUAAAAAUUCUGGGUCCGGUUUGACCCGGCCCAUAUUAAAAAACGGCUCGUUUCUCACCCUAGUUUAGGGCUAAAACUAGGGCGUAGGCUGGCGCUGAGUUUAUAACAAAGAGCUAAGGACAAAGCUAUGGCCCUAGGCCAAGACUAGGGAAAAGCUAGGACCGGGCUAGGGCUAGGAUUAGGCUAGGGCUCUGGGUUAGGGCUUUGGGCUAGGGCUCUGGGCUUGGGCUAGGGCCCUGGGCUAAGGCUCUGGGCUAGGGCUUUGAUUAUUAGCUUAUGUAUGUAUUUUUAGAGCAAUAUACAUGACAGCUCAACAAGACACCCGUAAUUUUCGAAAUGCGUUUAUUACUGAAAUUGGGAAUAACAUGAACGCAAAUAUAACACUCCGAGAGCUGGUUGACGUGAUUGUUUGUGCUGGAAAGAAUACUACGGUAGAAGAGCUUUCCAAUGCGUAUCCUUAUUCAGAAGAUGCUGGUAAGUUUAUCAGAAAAAUACUUUUGAAAACAUUUUUUGAUUUUAAAUUUUUUUAUUUAAAAAAUUUUUCAAUUUUAGCUGAAAUAUCAUACGACGAAGGCCUGUACAUUUUCCAAAAAAUUACCGUCAAUUGAAGCAGAUAAUGCCAAUUUAAUCGACAAACUUGGUGAUGGUGAUGUUGACUUUGACUCAUUGAUAUCUGAAUUACAAAGCUCUCAUAUUGAAGACCUGGAUGAAGUCAUUGCUUACAUACAGCACUGCAAGAGUCAAAAUUUACAUGGUGCUGAGGUAUGACAGCCUAUAUAAGGUUUUUUUCUAGCCCUAUCAAGAACCCUAGCCCAGAGCCCUAGCUCAGAGUCCUAGCCCAGAACCCUAGCCCAGAGCCCUAGCUCAGAGUCCUAGCCCAGAGCCCUAGCCCAGAACCCUAGCUCAGAGCCCUAGCCCAGAGCCCUAGCACAGAGCCCUAGCCCAGAGCUUUAGCACAGAGCCCUAGCCCAGAGCCCUAGCCUAGAGCCCUAGCCCAGAGUUCUAGUCCAGAGCACUAGCACAAAGCUAUAGUCUUAGCCCAGCCUUAGCUCCAUCGUCAGACACAGACUCCAACCCAGCUCUGUGCCCAAUCCUAUCCCCAGCCUAGAUACAGACAAUGCCUGAGCCUUACCUCCGGACACAGACCUAGUUUCAAACUCGUCUUUGGGUCCAAGCCUAGCGUUAGACAAGAUCCAGGUACAGAUUCCAUCCUAGACUUAGACACAGACUUAGGCCCAGUCCCGAGCCCAAAUUUAACUCUAGCCUAGAUUCAGAUCCAGCCUUACCUUUUUAAAGUUAAAAUUCGCUUUUUACCCUAAAUAUUUAUUUUCAGAUAGAAAAAGAAAUUAUGUCGACACGGCACCACUUACUACAACUAAACGAAAGUAUAGUCAGAAAACAAAAGUUAGACGACAAUGUGUUAUUUCCUUUGAAUUCAAGUACAGAAAGCUUGUCAUCAGUGUUCUCAAACACACGAAAUAGCCAAAUACCAAUGGGCGAUCAACCACCGCCAUCGCUGGCUAGUGCUAGAAUGGGGACUAGCACUGAUAAGGUAGUUUUAAAACUUUAAAAGCUAUUUAAAAAAUUUUAAUUAAGCCCUGAAGCAUUAGGCUUGAACUAUAUAUAUUUUUGAGUCUUUAGGGCAACUGUAAUUCACAAAAAUUUUUUUAAAAAUAUUUUUUUGAAAUUAAAAAAAGUUUAUUUAGGCUGUCCUAAAGUCAUUUGUAAUACAAAAAUCACACGACUUGACGGUAUCGAUUGGCUAUACAUUUGUGUUGACUCGAGCUCAACAAAUCUGUGUUGGUUUCAAAAUCAACGAAAAAAGUAAGUUUUCGAAAAUAUUUUAAAAUGUCACCAAAAAUUUUUUUUAAAUUUAGUUUUUUUCUGAGAGAGAUUUAAGUAUAGUAGGGCUGUCUUGGCGAGUAGGGCCGGUCGAGGACUUUUGGUCUGGGGGCGGGGGGCCUAAAUUUUUUUUUCCAGAAAUCCACAGGGGGACCACGUUGAAGAUUUUUCGAAUUUUUUUCUAGGGGGAGGGGGUUUCCUCUCCCCGUCUAACCCAACGCCCGGCCUGCUGACGAGUCCAAUAAAAGUUACGAGACAGAAAUAGUCUUGGUGGUGAACUGGGUAGAACACUAUCACUGUUGUGGCCAGCGAUUUAGCUUGGCUGUCCCAAUCUUUGUUUUCUUCAAUGACGUCGGUCUAUGAAGGACUACGGUGUUGAUACCACAAUAUGGGAUUAAGCCUUUGAUGAGCCAGUAUAUACAUAUAUAAUCUUUAGUUGAUCAAGACCUGCUUCGCUUUCAAAACAAUCUUAUUGGCUAUGUGAUCUCCGAUAAUUCUCCAGCGAUUCUGGCCUUGACAAAACGAAAAGAUGACGUAGUAAGAUUUAAAAAGUUUUCUCUUUACACGCAAAAAAAAAUUUCAAUUUUACUUUUUUUCGGAUUUUCAAAGAAUUUUUAACCCGUUUUUCCAGAUUUUCUUUAAGUUGGCUAGGGCUAGAGCCAGACCUUAAAGCUAAGGCUUAGAAAUUUUUUUUUGACGCUGCUUUUUAAAAUAUAUAUAUUUUUUUUAAAUUUUUUAUUUAUUCAAGUGUUUCAAUUUAAAGUUUAAAAAAAAUUUAGUACAGAAGAAGUGAAUGGAUGCUGUUUCCUCCUGGCACUUACACAUAUUGUAUACGGUUUGUAAGGCCGUUGAAAGUGGUAGAGCCAAAUAGAGAUGCUGAAAUAUUGGGGGAGAAUGGCAAGCUUACCAAGGAUUACAAGUAAGGACUUUUGAAUUUGCUUUGUUUGUUGUAGGCUAAAACUAAAUUUGAAGCUAAGGCUAGGACAAAGUAUAAUAUUUUUUUCUCGAAAACGAAGAACCAUACGGAAAAACGGCUUUCAGAUUCCUACUCAGUGAGCACAGGGCUUUCAUAAUAUAUAGGUUUGUCCCAAAGUCGAUUUUCAAUUUAAGUACCUUCCCAUGUCAGACUCAGGCUCACGCUCACCUCUUGGCGCAGUUUAAGAUUUCGGGUUAGGCUUACCUUUGGGCACUGCAUCUAGCUUCUAGCUUGAACGUGGUCUAAUGUUAAAACUCAGGCUUAAGUUUUAGCUGAAGCGUAGGUGCAGACUAGCUUUUUUAUAGCCUUGUUUUAAAAAACAAAAAAUUUAAUUAUUGAAAUUUCAGGGUCAUGUUGAUGAACACAUUUGACAUAUUUGACUUGGACGAUGAUGGUCUACUAACUCGUGAAGAGCUGGAAACAUAUCGCAUGCUCAGUGGUGGUGGUAGAAUAUCUCCAGAUGUAAGAAUUAAAAAAAACUUUAUUUGGAUAUAUUUUAAAUAAAGGAUUUUAAUUUAAAAAGAUUAUAGGUUCAGUCUUAGCCUAUUGAACUUUAACAAAGGUCAAUAUAUAAACCUUAUUAAAACUUUUAAAAACUUUCAGGACUGGGCAGUGUUAGAAAAAACGUGUCAAAUGCGUGACAAAAUGAUGACGAUGAAAGGUUUUAUUGAUAUGCACCAAUUUGACAUCAAAACAAUGUCAGAGAGGCAACGACUGGAUUUGUGGGGAAAAUUAAAAGAGCUCGGGUAUAAUCGAAAGUUCUAUUUGAGUACUGUAAGUUAGUACUAUAGACUUGAUUCACCCUUGCGAUAUCUUUACAUUAAACUUACAGUAGUAUUGUCAUUGCCUUUUUAUAGUUUCUCUUAGACUCUUAGUCUUACCUUUUGCUAUUUUUAACCUAGCCUAAUGAACUUUAAUUAUCCUUACCCUAGAAUGUUGCCUUCAUAUAUUGUUCUAUCUUUACCAUAAUUUACUCUACAUUUUCUUACCCUACCCAAAGUUUUCUAUUGUAGGGCUGCCCAGUGUGGAUGGAACUUCAAACCGGCGACGGUCAAAUCCAUAUGGAAAACUUGGAAAUUGCUUAUUUUACCCCUGAAUCAGAUUGGCAACUACUUGAAUAUUAUUGGGAAAAUGGGACCAACCUGCCUUAUCUGAAAGAACUGGCCAGUGUUAGGUUGUACAAAACUGAUUACUAUGCGGUUAUUGUUGCUGGGAGAAUGGUAAGGUAUCAUACAAAAUCAAAAUUUUUUAAAAUUAUAAUAAAUUUUUCAAUUAUUAGGCUGUCCAAAUAUGAAUGAGCUAAAAGUUGACCGCUUUGAAUGGUCCAUUUAUAUUUGUACAACUUGGUAUACAUAUGUAAAUAACAAUUCUUAAACCCAAAUUUCAAUUUUUUAAAGUUUCCAGAUGAUUUUUUCAGCCAGAAAAGGUUCGAUAUAAAUUUGACCUCUCAGCCUCGAACAACGUCAAUAUUCAAAGCGAAGACCUGAUUUUGGAUGUUGAGGUAGAGCCUGAUGAAAUUAAGGUAAAGGCUAAUUUUAAACUAAAAUAUUGUUUACAACUUUUUUAUUUUUUCAGGUCUUAACUGUAGCCAUAGCUCAAGGAGAAAGUUGGUUUUUGUGUGUGAAAAAACUUCUGGUCGAACCGAAUCUCACUUAUCCGACGGCUUUGCCCGGGCCUUCUAAUGUUAAUAUGUAA